CCGUUUCCCCCGCCGCCAUCUUCGGCACGGGCACCUCAGCCACCGCGGACACCCCGCGCCUCUCACCGCCGGGCAGAAGCAGGAGGCGGCCGCGCUGCGAGCUGCCCCUCGGGCAGCGGGAAGUGUGUUUAUCCGCCGAAGAGGGACGUUUCUGCCUCUGUCCUCCCGAGCUCCACGGGGGUUGCAUGACUCUUUGGCGAUGAACGCGGCCAGAAGUGGCUACCGGGUCUUCUCGGCCAAUUCUACCGCAGCCUCCACCGAGCUGGCGAAGAAGAUCACGGAGCGUCUUGGUGCUGAGCUGGGGAAAUCUGUGGUGUACCAGGAAACCAAUGGAGAAACAAGAGUUGAAAUAAAAGAGUCUGUCCGUGGACAGGAUAUCUUCAUCAUACAGACAAUCCCCAGAGAUGUGAAUACUGCUGUUAUGGAACUGCUGAUCAUGGCCUAUGCACUGAAGACUUCCUGUGCCAGGAACAUCAUUGGGGUCAUCCCCUACUUCCCCUACAGCAAGCAGAGCAAAAUGAGGAAGAGGGGCUCCAUAGUCUGCAAGCUGCUGGCUUCAAUGCUUGCUAAGGCAGGUUUAACACACAUUAUCACUAUGGACCUUCAUCAAAAGGAAAUCCAAGGCUUCUUCAGCUUUCCAGUAGACAACCUGAGAGCAUCCCCUUUCUUGCUUCAGUAUAUACAGGAAGAAAUUCCAGACUACAGAAAUGCAGUUAUUGUAGCCAAAUCUCCUGGUGCUGCUAAAAGGGCUCAGUCUUACGCCGAGAGGCUGCGCCUGGGGCUGGCAGUGAUCCACGGGGAGGCUCAGUGCACCGAGCAGGACAUGGAUGACGGGCGUCACUCCCCUCCCAUGCUCAAAAAUGCAACUGUGCAUCCUGGCCUGGAGCUGCCACUGAUGAUGGCCAAGGAGAAGCCGCCUAUCACUGUGGUUGGAGACGUUGGAGGAAGGAUUGCCAUCAUUGUGGAUGACAUCAUUGAUGACGUGGAAAGCUUUGUAGCUGCUGCAGAGAUCCUGAAAGAGCGUGGAGCCUACAAGAUUUUUGUGAUGGCUACUCAUGGGCUCCUGUCAGCAGAUGCUCCCCGUCUCAUAGAGGAAUCCUCCAUUGAUGAGGUGGUAGUGACCAACACUGUUCCCCACGAGGUGCAGAAGCUGCAGUGCCCCAAGAUAAAGACUGUGGAUAUCAGUUUGAUCCUGUCAGAAGCCAUCCGGCGAAUCCACAACGGCGAGUCCAUGGCCUAUCUCUUCCGCAACAUCACUGUCGAUGACUAGAGCUGAGCCUGCCCCCGUCCUGGAUUCCACAAGAGAAGGAAAUCUGCAUGGAAAGGCAAUACCAUAAAACAUAGGCAUAACACAACUGUUUAUUUUUGUAGGAGUGUUCAGGUUUUCAGGGUCUUGAGCCAUGAGAUCUAAUAGAAAAAAAAAAA